AUGGAGAAAAACCUCUUUGUGAUCGAAGAUGAGGGUGAUGCGCUGCUGGAUGAUGCCCCUCUCACACAGGUCAAAGAAGAACUGGUUGAAGUUCCCAGCGCCAAGCAAGAUGAAGAAGACCCAAUAGUACAGGAGAUCCCCAUAAACCUAACGCGUGGGCCGUGCCCGAUAUAUAUCCUGCAGUACUUGAAUAAGUCACAGAAGCUUGGAAAGCGCAUAGAGGACCAUCCUUCGGUCGCAGAGGUACGCUAUCGGGAGAAAAGCAAUGUCCUGGAACUGGACAUGCCGCUGAACACAGACGUAUUCUUCAACCAGGACCGCGCGAAGGAGCAGUGGGACGGCGUGCAGGUGCAGACGCUUCGAGGAGUGGGCGUGGAGAAUGCAGGCCAGUACGUGGGGCUGAUGCAUGACGGACAGAUGUACCUGAUGCCGGUGGAGCGUGUAGCACAGCUGAAGCCGUAUUUCAAAUAUAUUGACCAGGAGCAGCAGAAACAGCGGAAGCAGGACGACGCCAUCACGCAGGGCGGCGGCGCGGGCAGCAACCCGCGCGCGCAAGUGGUGACGAUGUCUGCAAAGAGCUCCAGCGAGGCAAACCAGAACCGGCUCGGGGGCUCGCUGCUGGCGCACAAGAUCGCAGAGGAGGAGCCCAUUCGGACGCUUGCAUGGAAGGAGGACACCUUUGAGAAUUUUCUGGCGGAGGUGACAUCCGAUGAGGCGCGCGAGACGCUGGUUUCCGAGGAGGAUGCCGCCACCUACCUGGCCAAGCUUUUAUGA